CACACUGGUUUAGAUAGAGCAAAAACGAGUUUAUUAACUACAAAAUAUAGAUUUUAAGUGAUAGUAAACAGAUCAAAGCAUCUUACCUAGCAAAUAAACAAACUAAACAUAAUAUACUGAACAGAUUGGAUAUGAAUAGUAGUUUCUUCCUCAAAGAGAUAGUGCAAGCAGGCUGCAGAUUCUUAAGGGGCAAGCUGCACUUGCUUACAGCUUGGAAUGCCCAGAUGUUCCAUUCACAGGCUAAAAAUCCCUUUAGUCUGGAUCCCACACUUCCCCCAAUUCAGUCUUGUUCCUCGAGUAUUUCCAGGAGUCUUCUUGAGUGGGAACGAAGAACACCAGCUGAUGUCCUUCCCGGCUUUGUAUAGUUUUGUUUCAAAGCUUGGUUCCUAGUUCCCAGACCUGUCUGUGGAAAAUUGACAUCACAAGAAGGAGUCUAGAGCCACAUGGUCUCCUCAUGUGUCCUUGUAGAGUCAUAGCAGCCAUCGCGCACAGGCUCUUUGGAGCAUAACAGGAAGGCUCCCUAUGUGAGAGAUAAGCUUCUCCCAAGGCCUAUUGUUUUCCAAAUGGCCCAUUCCCCACCCGCUGUCUAGAAUGAAAGCAUCUUGUCUAGUGGACAUUUCCCAAGGUGUAAUUACAUUUGAAAUGCAGACAAUCAAUAUUAGUAACUUCAGAUACAAUUAUACAUGGAUACAAAUAAGAAUCAUAUUCAGCAAAUCAUAACCUUUCCAAUGAUAUCUCACAUUACUUAUCUUGCAUAAAGUACAUCAUAACUAUGUCAUAAUUAUAUCAUACCAAUAUCGCCAUGAAGAAUAUGGGGUGUAGUGUCACAGCAUGCAUACAAAAAGUGAGGGUGAGGUGGAAUGGUGGAGGGGAAAACUUAAUAGGAGAAUGGGGGUAGGGAAGUUAUGGUAAUAUAGAGCAGUGAGGAAGGAAGUGAGAGAGCAAGGGAUGGAGAAGAGAAUGAGUUGUUCAGAGAGGGUGUGGAAGAGGGAGAGAAGCUGUGAAUGAACAGAGAGGAAAUAAAUGUCCAGUUUGAAAACCAUGGUACAUAGUGGCUGAUGAUCUCACAGUGUUCACAGCAUAUGCUGCUGUCCCCUUGCUGGAUCCCUUGGUGUGAGGGAUGGGGAGUGCUGACUAGGUCUCAUCCCCAUUCUGAUGCCAUUGCCUUGGGCCCUGUGGGGAACGGUGAAGUCUUUGUGUUCCUAAGUGCUGGCUCUGCCCUGGACCUCUGUUUCUCUCACAUGUGGUUUGUAGCAGAUGCUGCUAAGGGCCUCAUCCACCAGUGUGGGUUCCCCCUGAUACUUCUGGUAGUGCAACAUUGUGAGGCCAAACCUAUGGAUGGGUUAGUUAAAGUAGAAUUGAGCAAAAUACUGCUGAAACCAGGGAUAACCAGACAGCUUGGGCCUCAUUUACAGAGGUGUUAAAUGCCUGAACCUACCAUUGAUGACAGCUAGAGGUGUGGGUGCUGCGUACUUCUAUCCAACAUUGGACAGCCCCAAAACUUGGACCCCCACAAAGCAGUGGCUUGUGAAUAGGCUGGCCUAGACCCACGUAGGUCACUGUGCAGAAUCAAGGCUUCUCCCCCUAGUUAUGUAUAUUCCCCAGGUGCUGAUCCUCAACCCUUCUAGCACCUGAUUCUUUCCCCGAUAGCUGAAAGAGGGCCAAGCCUCUGGUAGCAUAGUUUACACCCCUAAGAAGUAAUCCUAAAACGGAUUAGGGACUAACCCGCCCCCGAACCCCUGUGAACGUGCCCCGCAGCCAAGUAAGCAAUAUGCAGGCUGUGUAGAUAGUCUCAGAUAUGACUGUCUAAGGGGUACAACCAACAACCUGAGAAUUUGAUCAAUAUCCCCAGCUCCAGCCCUGCUUUUCGGGCUGGAAAGGGCUGAGGCUGGGACUGGAAACGUGUGUGUGUGUGUGUGUGGGGGGGGGGGGGUACAGCUUGUCAGAUCCUGUUAAAGCCAAAUCCACAGCGCCCUUCACCCCCCCCGCCCCCCCCAUCCCUCCCUCCCUCCCAUCCCAAAGAGCCCAGAAGCAGCUGCUCUUCGCUGCCCAAAGAGAGGAUUCACCAGAGCGGUGUGGGGCCGGGCUUCCAGGAAGGCGGGUGAAGGCAUUUGCAGCGCGGAGCCGGCGGGCUGGUCCUGCGCGGUGGGCGGCAGGAGCAGCCCGAGACCCGCCCACCCCCGCUCCGGCUGGGGGGCUCGGAGGGGUCGGCUCCCGCGGAGGCGGGCAGCGGCGGGUGACCGCGGCUCCGCCGGUCCGUUGCUCCAGCCGCGCCGCUGCCGGCGGGGAGCCCCCGGCUCCGGCUCCUCCGCACCUGCCUGGCCAAGGAGGCUUCUUCGGCGAGCCGCCGCCGCCGCCGCCGCCGGAGGGGGCGCGCACACCGCAGUAAUGCGAGCCCAUCCCCUCCUGGCGGGGAAGGGGAAGGGGAAGGCGGCCGAGUCCCAGCCCAGCCAGGUGUUCCGCUUCGGUGUGCGGCUGGCGGCCCGGAGCGCUCAGUGACCCGCCCGCUGGAGCCGCCUCUGCCCCUGGGCGCGCUUCCGACCGCUUGGCUUCAGCCGGGGGGGGGGAGGUUGCGGUAGCUGGAGAGGGGGAGAGAGAAGCGGCUGCUCCUUGGUGCUCCUCUUCCUCCUCCUCCUCCUCCUCCUCCUCUUCCCCCCCCCCCCCCCCGCCCCGGUCAUUUGCUGCCGCCGCCGCCGCUUUGCCCAUUCGAGGAGGGCAGGGAAGCGCGUGUCAUGCGAUCGGUGCCCAGCGGAAGGGCUCCGAGGCUGAGGUACCCGUGAGAGGACGUGCAGCGAAAUCGAGCCCGCUCGGUGCAAUGACAGCCAUGAAGGAGCAGCAGGCACCGCCGAACCCGGGCAGCCGGGGGAGCCAGCCUCAGCAGCAAGACCAGGAGCUUGGAAGUAACAGCCCUCCACAAAGGAAUUGGAAGGGAAUUGCAAUUGCACUGCUGGUGAUUCUAGUUGUAUGUUCACUCAUCACUUUGUCUGUCAUUCUUUUAACCCCAGAUGAGUUUACAAAUUCAUCAGAAACCAGAUUGUCUUUAGAAGAUCUCUUCAAAAAAGAGUUCAUAGUUCAUAAUCCAGAAGCCAAAUGGAUUAAUGAUACAGAAGUGGUAUAUAAAAAUAGGAAUGGACAUGUUGUUAAACUGAACAUAGAAACAAAUACAACCACGUUAUUAUUGGAAAAUACAACUUUUGUAACUUUCAAAGCAUCAAGAUAUUCAGUUUCACCAGAUUUAAGAUUUGUUCUUCUUGCAUAUGAUGUUAAACAGGUUUUUCAUUAUUCUUAUACGGCUUCAUAUGUGGUUUAUAACAUACAUACAAGGGAAGUUUGGGAGUUAAACCCUCCAGAAGUAGAGGAUUCAGUUUUACAGUAUGCAGCAUGGGGUGUAGAAGGAGAGCAACUGAUUUAUAUUUUUGAAAAUAACAUCUACUAUCAACCUGAUGUAAAGAGUAGCUCAUUGCGACUGACAUCCUCAGGAAAAGAAGGAAUCAUAUUUAAUGGAAUUGCAGACUGGCUCUAUGAAGAGGAGCUUCUUCACUCUCAUGUUGCCCACUGGUGGUCCCCGGAUGGAGAAAGGUUGGCAUUCCUGAUGAUAAAUGACACUUUGGUACCAAACAUGGUUAUUCCUCGGUUUACUGGAGGUCUGUAUCCUAAAGGAAAGCACUAUCCAUAUCCUAAGGCAGGUCAAACAAACCCAACAGUAAAGCUGUUUGUAGUUAAUCUAUAUGGACCAACCCAUACACUGGAACUCAUGCCACCUGACAGCUUUAAAUCAAGAGAAUACUACAUCACUAUGGUAAAAUGGGUAAGCAAUACCAAGACUGUGGUGAGAUGGUUAAACAGACCACAGAACAUUUCCAUUCUUACGGUUUGUGAGACCACGACUGGGGCUUGUAGCAAGAAAUAUGAGAUUACAUCAGAAGUGUGGCUUUCUAAACAGAAUGAGGAGCCAGUUUUCUCCAAAGAUGGAAGUAAGUUCUUUAUGAUAGUUCCAGUGAAACAAGGUGGCCGGGGUGAAUUCCACCACAUAGCCAUGCUUAUUCAGGCUAAAACUGAACAAAUCAGUGUGAGACACCUGACAUCAGGAAACUGGGAAGUUAUCAAAAUCCUGGCAUAUGAUGAAAAUACUCAAAAGAUUUAUUUUUUAAGCACCGAAGAUUCCCCAAGAGGAAGACAGUUACAUAGUGUAUCAACUGUUGGAUUACUGAACCGCCAGUGUCUUUCAUGCGACUUCAUGGAAGAUCAGUGCACAUACUUCAGUGCAAAGUUUAGUCCCAUGAACAAGAAUUUUUUACUACAUUGUAAAGGGCCAGGCGUUCCAGUUGUUAGCGUGCACACUACAAGUAACCCUGGAAAAUUUUACAUAUUGGAAAAUAAUGCUGUGUUGAAAGAAACUAUUUUAAAGAAAAAGAUUUUCCGGACAGAAAUUAAAAUGGUUCACAUUGAGGAUUAUGAACUUCCUUUACAGUUGUCAUUUCCAAAGGAUUUCACAGAUCGAAACCAGUAUGCUGUUCUGUUAAUAAUAAGUUUCAGCACCCAAGUGUGGUACGGAGGCAGGGUUGGAGUUCCAGAUUUGCAUGAAGUACCACCUCCAAAAAGCAGUACUGUACUUCCAGGAAGGACAUCAGGCUGUUUCAGUGAUGAAGCUCCAGGCAGCCAGUUGGUUACAGAUAAGUUUCACGUUGACUGGGAUUCAGUGCUUGUCAACUCUGAUAAUGUCAUCAUAGCUCGAUUUGAUGGCAGAGGGAGUGGAUUUCAAGGCCUUAAAAUUCUACAGGAAGUCCAUCGUUGCUUAGGUUCAGUGGAAGUGAAGGACCAAAUAGCAGCUGUAGAGUCAUUACUGAAACAACCAUUCAUAGAUCCUAACCGACUGAGCAUAUUUGGAAAGGGAUAUGGCGGAUACAUUGCAUCAAUGAUCCUGAAAUCCAAUGAAAGACUUUUUAAAUGUGGAGCCGUUAUUGCACCAAUCACAGACAUGAAGUUGUAUGCUUCAGCUUUUUCAGAAAGGUACCUUGGCAUUCCAUCUAAAGAGGAAAAUACAUAUCAAGCAUCCAGUGUACUACACAAUAUUCAUGGUUUAAAAGAAGAGAAUUUGCUAAUAGUUCAUGGGACAGCCGAUACUAAAGUCCAUUUCCAACACUCAGCAGAACUAAUUAAACAUCUAAUAAAAGCUGGAGUUAAUUACACUAUGCAGAUCUACCCAGAUGAAGGUCAUAACAUUGCAUCUGAGAAAAGCAAAUAUCACCUUUACAGCACAAUCCUUGGGUUUUUUAGUGCUUGUUUAAAGGAGGAAGCCCCAAUUUUACCACAGGAACCUGAAGAGGAUGAAUAAGGAAGCCUGUUUGUACAGUACUGAAAGGAGACUUACUUUGUGGCUCAAUAAAACCUUAAAUAAAAGUGACUGUAAGAUUGCAGAUUCUGCAGAAGCUCAAGGGCAGCUAAAGGAUAUAACAGUGGAACAGCACAUUUAGAGAUACUGAGCUAAUAAACUGGAAUUUGAAUACAAAGUCCAAACAUAUUACCGAGGGACAAAACCUAUACCUUUGUGGAUGAACAACGGUUGGUUACAGUUUCCUGGACAAACUUAGUUUUACAUAAGUGUAGAGUUAGUGCAUGUUUAUUAUGUUAAGCCUCACUGUUUGUUCUGUAAGUAGUUGCUCUGUUUUUAAUUUAAAUGCACAUCUUUAUCCAUUUUUGCAUUAUGCUCUACCAAUCAUAAAUAUUAAGGCCACUUAUAUUUUAAAAGGUGAGUUGCAAUCUAAUACUUUACUGUAACAUUACAAUAAGUGCAAUUCCUUUCCUGCCUAUUAAGCAUAAGAAAGCAUUGAGUUAAUAAAGGAUGUGAUAUUUUCUAUAGUUUCUGUUUAAAGGGAAAAUAUUGUCCAGUGGGUCAUAUAACAUAAGUAUAGCAACUGAUUUUAUUUUUAUUUGUUUUAAUUUCAGACAUUUAUUACUGUUAUUGUACCUAUUAGUAAUCAGUAAGGGCAUUUUUGGAAGUGCACUCUUGGUCUUUAUGUAUAUACACAAGACUUCCUAAACAGAAAAUCUUUGUAUGCUUGAAUAAUUUUUCAAGCCAUAAUUAACAGCUGUGUUUUAACAAUGUCUGCAAUUGAAAUACUUCCCCAAUCCCAAAUGUAUCAUUUCCAUAAGAAAUGUUUGGGUUGUGUUUUGGUAUUGUUUAUAGUAGUUAAUAGUUUGCUGGUUACACUCUAAUUUUUGAAUAUGCUACUUUGUCAGGUGUAAAUUAGAUACAUAAAUAUUAAAUUAUAGUUUCAGAUAAAGAAAUUUUAUUAACAAUGUAAUGCCAUUGAGUAAUAUUUUACUCUAAAAAAGAAAUCUUUGCUCAGAUUCCAUUCUAAUUUCUGUGGCAGUAGCAGGUAACUGGAACAGUCUGUCAGUUUUUAUUUGGUAUUCCACAGCUGCUCAUUAAGAAGGAUUUACAUUCAACGGUGUUACGAAGAAAUGAAGUAUUUUUCAUCCAUAGCCAAGGAAACUCCUGACAAAUGAAAUUUUGGUAUUUUAUUCAGAUGGAGAUACUAAAAUGCAUCCAUUUAUUUCUCAAGGUUAAUUACAGCACUAGAAAUUGACACUACGAAAUAAACAAAGCAGUCAACACAGGUCAUCAGAAUAUUAACCUCAACGAUUGAAAUCAAACAUUAUGUUCAUUUAAUAUUAAAUAUGUUCCAGAAGGUAUCUGAAGGCUCUUGACAAAUGCUGUGCAAUGCACAUAAAUACAUAUGUAAUUUUUUUCUCUGGAUAUUAUUUAUUAAUGCUUUUCUAUGUGAUUAGGAUUUCAUUUCUUGCGAGAUUAAAAUUAACAUAAUCAACAUAAUUUUUGGAAAGUAAUUUAUACUAUUUAAAAUGCAAAGUUUUGCAUAUUUUAUGAAGAAUUAAAAUUGUUUUUAAGGUACAUUGAAAUUCAUCUGAAGCUUUUUAAUCAAUAUUUUCUUCUGGAAUAUUUUCUUCUUUGACUGCUAGAGUUUUUUCUGAUGCAAAUAGUUAAGUUGUCUGAAAGAUGGUUUUAUGGAGCACUUAAAAGUAUUUGUCUAUUAAUGUUUAGUAUUUACUUUGUUUUAUUAGCAAUUUUUAUCUAUUUUCAAUUAGUUUAAUACACUUUUAAUGUGCAUUUGUCUGGGUCACAGCGUGACCGCAAAGUCUGAGUAUGUCUGCAGUGGAGGAUAUGGGAACACUCUAUGUACUAGGAAAGACGUCAAGACAAAUUUGAGAAAAUCAGUUUUUUCAGCAGCAGCAAGCAAGAAAUCAAACACAGACUUACCAACUCUGCUUAUACUACAGGAUCAGCACUUCAACUUAUUAAACAGUUGGAAUUUGUUCUUGUAAAUUUACCCAGAUUAUGUCCUUCCUCAUUU